AUGGCAAUUCUUCCACUCACCUCUCUGUUGUCAAUUGCCCUAGCCGCAUUACCUGUUUAUGGAGGCAGCCAAGCAUGGGAAUCGUCUGUCAAAUUUGCUCUUACGGAGAGUAUGGCCUACCAAGCUGCGUUGAAGGACGGCAAUACUACAAGUUCUUCACACAGCAAUAGCAAACGUUACCUUACAAUUCAACCUGGAAGUGGUAAUGCUGAUAACCAUCUCUGGCCUAACGGCGUUGUCACAUAUUGCUUUGAGGACAAAACGUGGCCAGAGAGGGAGGGGAAAACUACUAAAGAAAUUGUCUUUGGGGAUUUGGCAACCGCGAGAGACCGAUGGUAUCUUGAAGGCGUACCAGAGUCAUUUAGGUGGCAUGAAGCAUCUGAGGCAACAUGCAAAGACCCGAAGAUGAGAUCGGAAUUCCUAUUAAUUAUGUUCAAUCUGGAGGGAAAGCUAGCAACAACUGCCGGUGUACCGCCGAAGGACAGCGACAAUGUCGGCCCGCGCAUGUUGCUGAGUGAUUCUCUCAGUGUUGGAAUGCUCAAUGUUGUAGCUAACUAUGCUCACGAGAUGGGUCAUGCCUGGGGUAUGCAUCACGAACAUCAAAACCAAAAAUUUUGGGGUGCGCCUUACUCUGAGGCUGGAGGCAAAUUUUUUGGCCAAGGCAACUUCAAUUGCCAGAAUUUAAAAGACUACGACGAUUUUCGACAAAAGCUGAAGGAAAAAGGCUUCCCACAAUAUGACAUUGAACGAAUCACGAAGGACGUGUGCACAUCACGAAGCGAGGCCAUUGAGUGGAAAUUUUCUGCCCAAGACUACCUGCCAAUUGUGAACGAACCAGUGCUAGCAAGCAAAAAGAAGGAGCCUGAUUGGGAAUCUAUCAUGAUAUACCCCAGCGGCGCUGGAGGCAAAGGCUCGGCAGCCCCAGGCAUGGAUAACCGCCUCCCAAUUCUGAAGAAACCCGACGGCAAUCCCAUUCCUAUCAACUUAACACCAAGUGAGAGAGAUGUCAACGGCUUGAAGAAGCUCUAUGGCUAUAACCCGAAAACAAAAUGGACUGCUCUUGGAGACAAGGCAAGCGAGUAUAAGAAAAAGUUUGAUGACAUAAGACGCGGUGAUAAGGAUAGUGGGUGUAGUAAGUAA